AUGAAGUAUCAACCCUGCCCAUUCAGAGUUCAUGCUUCCUGGAUGACUCAAGAAAGGUCUUUUCAGAUUAAAACCUUAGUGGAUGAGCACAAAUGUGUUAGAAAUUUCAAUAUUUCAAAUUUACUGAGUCCCAGAUGGCUAGCAAGACACUUUUUGAAGGAGUUGAUAAUGAAACCUAACUUGAAGUGUAAGGAGAUGCAAUCAAUAAUUAGGAACAAAUUUCAUUAUGGUGUGUCUUGGUCUAAGGAUUAUAGAACAAGGUGUAGAGCAAUGAUCAUUAUAGAUGGUAAACUCACAGAACAUUAUGCUAGGGUCUGGGACUAUUGUCAUGAGUUACUAAGGUCAAAUCCUGGUAGCACUAUCCAAGUUGGUGUCACUGUAAAUCCAGAUCAAACAACAUACUUUCACAGGAUGUAUUUGUGUUUUAAAGCAAUCAAGGAAGGUUGGAAAAUAGGGUGUCAUAUGGUAAUUGGUCUAGAUGGAUCUUUCUUGAAAGGGACAUGUAAAGGAGAAUUACUCACAACAAUAGGGAGGGAUUCAAACAACCAAGUUUAUCCAAGAUUGGAUUCUGAUAUCAGUCAUUGGACUAGAGGUGGUGUAAAAGGUGGUGUCAGAGGUAGUAGAGGUGGUGUAAUGGGUAGUAGAGGUGGUAGAGGGGGUAAUAGAGGUGGUGUAGUGGGUAACAUAGGUGGUGUAGUGGCUAACAGAGGUGGUAGGGGUAGUAAGAGAGGUGGUAGGGGUAGUAAAAAAGGUGGUAGGGGCAGUAAGACAUUUGUUAGAGUUGAAGGUGGUGGAGGUGCUGAAGUUGAAGAGGAGUAUCCACCUCAAACUGAGACACAAGAUGGGGGUGAAGAAAUUAUCCCUGAGACACAACCAGAAAGUGAAGAAGAAGAAGGCAUUAAUGACACCCAAGAAUUACCAGUACACCUUAGGAUUGUGAAAAGAAGGCCCUCUCAGAGGAUUGUUAAAAACAAGCUGAAGAAGAUGGGAUGUGUUGGGACUUCUACAAGUUCAGCAUUGGAGUUGGAUUAG